CAAAUUCGACGGGAAACGAGGAAAAUCGCGGAGACACGACGAUUUCUUGGAAAUUAUCCGGAACACGUUGAUUCGUCGCGCUCCCGAGGACAAUCUUCGAUUUUUGUAGUUUUUAUUCCCAAGAAUGUUUUUUUUGUAAAGUUUAUUGAAUAUAAACAGUCUUAUAAUAAAUUUACUUGUUUUGUCUAA